AUGAACAGUCUCGUACCUCCAAAGAAUAAAUCAUUGGAUACGAAGCUAUUCUGCCCUCGUUCCAAUCACCAACUUGCACAUUACCCCUGGGUCAAAACCUCACCCCUUCGGAACACAAAAUCUCCAAGAAUGAACGACGAAAGUUCACGGCCUGUUAAACCCCUUGACGAAAUCCCAUACCAUCCUCACAUAACAUUCUGGGGCGGCAUCCUAACGCUCUCCAUAGACCUGCACCCCACACCCCUGCAAACCCCAUCCCUCAUGAGAAAUCUCGCCAACAUUCUCCUCGACUACGCGCCUUGGACUCACCACAUCAAAAUUUCUAUUCUCCCUCCUCCUUAUCAAAAGGACCCCGACCCAUGCUCAACAACACCUUCUCAUUCCCACAUCUCCGAUUUCAAAACCAUCAUCAAUAUUUUAAACAAGUUUGACAAAGUAAAAGAACUUCACCUGAUCAUUUUACUUAGACCCCAGGAAUCGAAAUGCGAGGAUUUGUAUUUUUUAGGUGGAUUAUUUGGAUUGGAGAGAAUUAAAUGGAGUUUGGCGUUUGCGGUUGAAGGGAAUGGGAAGUGGGAGAUUGAUGCUGGGUGUUGCUUUAUGAGGGAGUUGUUGGAGGUUUAUUCGAGACGGUUUUCGGGAUCGGGAGGGUUGGAGAUGAUUGUUGAGUAA